GCCAAAUUGACGCGCUAGUAAUCCAUAAAUAUUUGAGGUCGCACCGACACUAAAUUCUACAGUUGCAGAUGCUAAAUUAACACAAAGCGCUCUCUUUUUUGAGCAAUGAGAUUUAAAACUAGAAUUAGUAAUUUAUAUACUCUUACACGUUUGGUGCAGGCAUUGGACAGAAUUGGAAAAUUUUGUUGGUUACGGCUUAUGCCAGAAACAGUAAAUUUUAUUAUUAUACCUGAUUUUCGAAUGACACAGGUUUGGGCAGUUUUGGAAGUGGAAACUAUAUUUGAAGAAUACGUUGUUCAAAGUAAUGCCGAGAAUGUAAUCAACUUGGAGAUACCCGUUGAUAACUUAUAUAAAGCUCUGCGUUCAGCAGCAAAUGCUAGUGAUUCUACAAUCAGGCUUUCUAAGAAAAACAAUCAACCAUUACUAUCUUUAUCUACAACUUGGAGCGGACGUGCAUUUGGAUCGAAUAUCGUGACACAUAACAUCCCAAUUCGUGUUCUGUCGCAUUCGUAUGUGUCUGCAAUCAAAGAACCAACAGCUCCUGAACCAGAUUGUCAUAUAUUCUUCCCUAAUUUAAACAUAUUACGACAGGUGGCCGAUAAGUACAAAAAUAUGUCAGAUCGAGUCAUCAUUUCAGCCAACAUGUCUGGAGAACUACAGCUUUCAGUAUCGACACCCGCAGCAAAAGUGACCACGAGGUGGAAAGAUCUUGAAAAUCCAGAGCUCGAUCCUUCACAAGUAGACGACAUUAACCGGCAUCCCUCUCAAACUCGAAAUCCCAAAGAUUUUGUACAUAUGCGACUAGAUGCGAAAGACUUGGUGAAUAUGCUUCGCAUUUCCACCGUUGCUAGAAGGGUUAUAGCAUGCUUCUGCGAAGGGCAUGCACUUGUAUUAUAUGUGUACAUUACAGAUCCUGAAGAUGAGCACACAGCUGUGCUCACCUAUUAUAUCAGUACUUAUGUUGAUUAACUACAUGAAUUCAUGAAUUCUAUUUAUUAUGUAAGGAUGUGUCCGCAAUAAAAUCGCAGUGUCGUUCUGUUGGGUAGAAGAAUAAGACCAUAUUAAAUAGUGAGGUUCAUUGAAUCGUCAAUUGGGUGCUCGUAG